GAUGAAUCUGCUGUACCUCCUGCAGAAGAAUUGCAGAAAGAUGCUGAUUCUUUGGAUGAAACUGCUGCUUAUGUGGAAGUAUCGGAAGAGAGCAGGAAGAAAAUCGAGGCGAUUGAGAAUGUCAUCGGAGAUUCUGUGUGCUGUCUAUGCAAGGUUGGUAACUCAGUUUUUGAGUUAUAAGGGGAGAUGUUGUGGAGCAUAAUU